GAAAAGAGUCCUCCUUGAUUGUUCUGAGAAGGGCGCCUGGCCCAGUGUUUGCGGGUCCAGAAUUGGAUCUUCUGCCAAGCCGUGCGUGCCGCUGAAUUGGCCCGCAUUGCAAAGCAGACUUGCAGGAACUACGGUUCAUGCGCUGCUUUGCGCUAAGAGUCAGCUUGGAGAGGACACCAAGCACUUGCUGUAGAUUCCAUAGCUCCGUUCUUUGGUUAUAACACAGCAGACUGUUUAGAAGCACAUGAUUCCACAUAGGCCACAUGGCGUCCCAUCUUGUCAGUCACGAGAACCUUGAACCAGCUGGUGUAGUUACAAGAACAGAAAUGCUGAAGGCAGGUGCAGCAGGUUGCUCUCCAAGUCCUGAGAGAGUCCCCCUGCAGAAAGUCCCCUCCAACCUUGAGAUCGCCCUUGCUGAAUCAGGGAACAACGACGGGGGAUACGCUAUGUUGACUGGGAUUGUAAACAUGCCGGGGCAAUCUGAUCAUUUUGUGCCAGAAUGCGUCACUUCAGAAGCAGGACGGGCAGAGGAUGCAGUGUCACCAACCGAGCGCGCUGAUGACACGGGAGACAGCAUUCACGACUCAGCGAAUGGAGUCCUGAGCGAUGGCAGCAUUGCAGAAGAGCGCGAAAUUGUCCCAAGUGAAGCAGGGGAGGCUGCCAGGCAAGGGCUAGGAAAAGCAAAAAGAGUGCUCUGGUUGUCAAAUGCGCAGACAGAAGAGGGUGUUCAAAGUGAGGUGCCAACGAGAGCACUCAAAGCGGGGGCCAGGCGGGUGGAGUGCAGCGCAGGAGAAGAACUAGAGGGGGGGGAAGAUGGUGCAGAGGCAGAGCAGGAGAAAGAGCCGCUGGCGUGGUUCCCAAGGGCCAAGAAGGACUCCUUUCUGGAGCGCAAGAUCAAGAAGAUGCAGGAGAGCGAGGGCCCGAAGGAGCACCUGGGCGAGGCGUUUGUCAAGAAGAUGUCGCGGGUGGAGCGGGAGAAGGCGGCAGCUGCCACAGCAGCAGAGGCGGCACUGGCGGCAAAGAAGGCCGCACUGGUGGAAGUUAGCUGGUGUCGCAUCCUCGAGGCUGCGAGCAUCCCCUGUGACGCCGCCGCCGUCCGCGCCCGAGCCGCCGAAUCCCGCGCGUCCGAAACGGCGUCCGCCGCUGCGGCCCUCGGGGUGGUCCUCUCCCCCGCCGCGUCCGGGCGGCCCCACUCCGCUGCCCCCAAAACCGCCGCCAGGGGCUACCGCGACGUCAUCUUCGCGAGCACGGCGUCAGAGGCCGACGUCGAGCGGGAGGUGGUCGGCGCGGUGAAGAGCGCGCUCCGGCGGGCGGAGCUGACGUCAGCGGGGGAGGGCGAGCUGCCGGGGGCUGAGAACGGGCCGGAGAUGACGUCAGCGGCGCUGGAAGGGGCCGAAGAACCAGAAACUUUGGCGGGGGAGGCAACCGGAGAUGGGCAACAAUCAGCGGAAGCGGGAGGGAACGGUACACCAGCGUCUCCCAGCACCCCAGUCACCGGAACUGUUCCCCGAGCUGCCCCUCCGGUCGAUUCUGACGUCAGCCCCUUCGAGAAGAAUGGCGGGGUGACGUCAUACAUCCCGGGGAAGUCCCCCGGGGCGAAAGCUGGGGGCGAAGCUGAGCCCCGCAGCCCGCCGAAAGCCAAGACCGGUUCUCGCUUCGGGGGGCUGCUCAUGGCGUGCAUUUCGCCCCGGGGAAAAGACAACGAAGACAGCGAAGGGGAGGAUUCUAGCUCCGAGGAAGAGGGAGAGGAUAACGGGCUCCUUGGGAAAGAUGCUCUGAAGAAGGACGGAGUGUCUGCUUCUGGUUUUGCGGGCGAAGAUGAGGGAUUGGCGAAAGACGGGGCGGGCACAUGGAAGGAGGUGCCGCUUGCUGCCGAUUUCUCCCCAGGGAGCUCAAGCGGGCGUCCGCGCAAGGCAGCGACCCGUUACUCGAGCGCCCUCGAAGCGUCCGAUUCGGACGACGAGGGGGGACACGUGGCGUUCUCCCCGAGCAGGUCCCUGGCCUUUGCUUCUCCCGGUAAAGUGCACGAUUCCGCUCGGGAGCAACCGGAACCGGAUUUGGAGGGUGCCCAGAAGGCAGCUUCGCCCGGAGAAGAGGUCACCGGGGGCGGGACGACUAGACAGGGAGAAAAGAGCGUGGAAGAACUGGUCGAGGCGAUGGUGGGUCGUUUGGCGGGCCUGUCGGCGGAGCAGAGGGCCGCGGUCGGCAGCGUGGUUGCGACGAGAGGGUUUGGAGGGUUUAUGGAGAGCAGCCCCUUGACAAGCAGACUGGCCGGCAUCACCUCUCCCCAGAAGCCCAGCGGUCUCGGAGACGACUUCCUCAUCAAGCGGUCCAAGCUCGAGGUUGCAAAGGACGAAGCCACAGCAGCCGCGAAAACCGCCACCGCUAACCCGCCCAAAAUGGGGUCAUUUCUGCCGAGCUUGAAGGUUUCAGAACCGGGUUUGGAUCAGAUCCUGGUCAAGCGGCUCUCCAAACUUGAGCUCGCAAAAGCCGCUUCCAAGGCGGAGGCUGAGAAGAACGCGCCAGCAAACGUGGUGAAAAAGGAGAACGCAGGUCAGAGUGGGUUAGCAGAACCGGGGCUUGACCAGGUUUUGGUCAAGAGAAUGUCCAAACUGGAGAUGGCGAAAGCAGAGGCGGUUGCAGCUUCGAAAGCAGAGUCCGAGAGAGGAGCCCCUGCCAACCGGGCAAAAAGGAACACCGCCGGUCAGGAUGGGUUAGCGGAACCGGGUCUUGACCAGGUUCUGGUUAAGCGUAUGUCCAAGUUGGAGAAAGCAAAAGCGGACGCGGCAGAGGCGGCGAAGGCAGAUUCUGAGCAAGACGGGAAGGUGGUCAAGGGGCGGGUUGAGGUAACCCAAAACGGAACCAACUCGGACUUCGGACGUGACCUGGUGAAGCACGUGUCCAAGCUGGAGCGAGCGAAGGCAGAUGCCGCUGCCGCUGCGAAGCUGGAGUUAAGCGGAUCCGCCGGAAGGAAGAACGGAACAGCGCCCGGAACGGAACCGGAGCUGGGGCUGGGUCAGGUGCUGGUGAAGCGGCUGUCGAAGUUGGAGCAGGCAAAAGCGGACGCCGUCGCCGCAGCGCAAUCGGCCCCUGCGACCCCCGGCAAACCCGCAAAAUUAAUCGUUGACCCUAACCCUCAUGCCGGCGGUCUCGGCGACAUGGUUAAGCGGCCCUCGCGACUAGAGCGGGAAAAAGAGGCGGCGCGAAAAGCGGCGGAGAGCGCGGACGACCUGACGCCGACGACGGUUCUCUCGAGAGGGUUUAAGGAUGAGGGUUUGGGCGCGACCGGGGAAGGGUUUGGCCAGGGUUUCGUGAAGAAGAUGAGCCGGCUUGAGCGCGAGAAGGCGGCCGCGCAGGAGCAGGGUUUGGGGGUUUCGGCGGCCGCGAGAGCCGAGCGCCCGAAGCAGGACGCUGCCGCGUGGGAGGGGCAAGGGCUGGGAACGCUGAAGAAGCACAUGUCGAGACUUGAACGGGAAAAGCUGGCCUGGAAGGACGCAGAGGAAGCCGCAAAAGCUCACUGAUAAACGUGUUUCGUCGCCGUACUCUGGACUGAAUCAUUGAAAUCGUCAAUGCUUUGGGGUACUGUCUGCUCAGAAAGGUCGAAGACUUUUAAGUUCUAACAUCUCUUGCAAGCAGACAAGCAGGCUCUAUAAAAGUUCCAUGUCUGAUAAAAUUCAAGAUCCAUACUCAGUCUGAGUGCCGAAUUCCGCAAUGCAAUCAGGGCC